GCAACCUCCAUGUCGCGAUUGGAGGUCCCCUUCAAAAUCGACGUUCCGGACGCGGCUCUUGAGGAACUUUCCAAGAAACUCGCUCUCGCGCGGCUUCCAGAUGAGUUGGACGAAGCUGGCUGGGAUUAUGGUGUCCCACUCGACGACAUCCGGCGUCUGCUAGUUAAAUGGCGGAACGACUACGACUGGCGGGUGCACGAGCGGCAGCUCAACGCCGAGCUCCCGCAGUUCACGAUGGACAUUGCGGUCGAGGGCCAUGGCUCGCUCAGCAUCCACUACGUCCACCAGAAAAGCGAGCGGGUGGAUGCGAUUCCGCUGUUGUUCGUUCACGGCUGGCCCGGCAACUUCCUCGAAGUCCGCAAAAUCCUGCCUCUGCUUGUCGCUGCAUCGCCAGAACAUCCCUCUUUUCAUGUGGUCGCGCUUGGUUUACCCGGUUAUGGCUUUUCCGAGGCACCCAGGAAGAAGGGCUUCCGUCUAGACCAGUACGCGGAGGUGGGGAACAAGCUCAUGCUGGCGCUCGGCUACGAUGAGUAUGUAACCCAAGGAGGCGACCUCGGCUUCCAAAUAACGCGGCGAAUCGCACGCAACUAUGGCCCCAAACACAGCAAGGCAUGGCAUACAAAUUUUCCAAUUGCCCAACAUCCAUCUCUCUUCGCAUCCCCGCUGUCGUACCUCCAGGCGCUGGCGACGCCCUACACCGACUUUGAGAAAGUAGGCCUCGCGCGCUCCCGUUGGUUCGAAAAGAGUGGGCGAGGCUACUUCUAUGAGCAUUCGACCAAACCACAAACCCUGGGAUACUCUCUUGCGGACUCGCCGGUCGGGCUGCUCGCCUGGCUUUACGAGAAGCUGGUUGCGUGGACGGACAACUACGCGUGGGAAGACGACGAAGGUACAUAUCACUCUUUCUUCCGGUCCACUUGGAUUGAUCCCCCUAGUUCUGACCUGGGUAUCCAGCUAUUAUUUCUCGCGCGGGGCCCUGCGGCAUCAAUACGCAUAUACUACGAGCUGGCCAACGGCGACAAGCGCUUCCCGCCCCGGUCAGAGGCGCCGACGAUUCCAUUCGGGACUUCGCAUUUCCCAAAGGAAGUCCUCAUCGCGCCCCGAAUAUGGACGCGCCUGUUGGGAAACCAUGUCUUCGAAUCCGAGCAUGCAAAUGGUGGGCAUUUUGCCGCUCACGAGGUACCUGAGCUGCUGGUGGCCGAUGUGAGAAAGAUGUUUGGCAAGGGCGGGCCCGCGUAUGGCGUCGUCCCUGGUAGAACUGGGUAUUGA